AUGGGUCGCGUCGACUGGAGGGAGGAUCCCUGCCAAGCCGAAAAAGCAGCCCUGGAGGACUACUACGAGCUCCUCAGUCAAAACUUUCCGGAGCCACAAAUGGCACCUAGGUCUCAACAAGCGGCUGUGAUUACUCAUGAGCCUCAUCCAUCGGAUCCACACCCCCUGGAGGGGAAAAUACUGGAAAAAGAUCUGAAGAAGAAGAAAUUUGUUCCAUGGGAACCGUUUAAGGCAGCACCCUCAGCCGAUCGUAAAGGCGAACAACCGGUGGAUAUGCCGAGUCAGUUAAUCCGAUAUCGAACUGGAGAAAAAGAAGAACCGCUUCCUGAAAUGCCGAGUAGAGUAUUUGUCGAUCAACGCAAGGAACGACUUCAAAAGGAUGGUCGGCAAAUUGAAAACGAAGAGAUAAAUCGGCUAGCCAAGGAGUUGCAGGCUGCUGAGACACAGUUAAAUGUAGAACGGGAGCAAAAUGCUGAGUUAAAACGUUUGUUAAUGGCCACAAUCGAUGAUGAUUUGCAAUGUCAUGUUAGUGCCUUGUCGGAAGAUAAAGUUCGGUUGGCGAACCGGAUUGAUCAGUAUGCUAAUAAGAUGAAGAAUGAAGACGAUGAACUCGAUGCGCUAACAAUCGAAAAGGAAGUUUGGAAAUGCAAAUUUUUGGCAAUGAGCAUACGAGCUGAUGAAUUGAAGGCCAGGAAUGAAGCUUUACUAAAAGUUUUAAGAUGUGCGCAACAUACGAUUAGUGAAUCGGGCCCAUCGGUCCGUGCACAUUUGACUGAUGAAUUGAAGCAAAGAUUUGAUUCCCUCACGGCUAUCGAUCUGACUCGUCUAAUCGAAAGAUCACCGGCUGAAGAACGCUACACUGGUCCUACCGUCAACUUCCAUAAUCUCACAAUAUCAUGCUGCAAAAACUGUUCGGGUCGGGAGAUCAAGCUACUC